AUGAUUCCUAGUAGUUGUGUUAUUGGUAGAAGUUUUGGUUAUAAUUUGAUACAUCAAAACAUAUCAAGCAAGCUCAGAGGUAUAUUCAAACAUUAUACUAAAAGUUCUACUGCUAAUACAAUAAAAAUUACAAACACAAACACGAUUUCCAACAUGAGUCCAGCUUCCGAUAGAUUAAAGCAAACUUCCUCGAUUCUUUCUAAGUCCGUUGAACCUCAAGCCGAUGCACCUUUCAAGGUUACAGUUGUCGGUUCUGGUAACUGGGGUACUACUAUCGCCAAGGUUGUUGCUGAAAACUGUGCUUUGAGACCUAACCUAUUUGUCAACAGAGUUGAUAUGUGGGUUUUCGAAGAAAACAUUAACGGUGAAAAGUUGACUGAAAUCAUCAACACUCGUCACGAAAACGUCAAAUAUUUGCCAGGUAUUAAGCUUCCAAGUAAUUUGGUUGCUAACCCAGACUUGGUCGAUGCUGCUAAGGACGCUGAUAUCCUUGUCUUUAACAUUCCUCAUCAAUUCUUGCCAAGAAUCUGUUCUCAACUAAAGGGUAACGUGAAGCCUCAGGCUCGUGCUAUCUCUUGUUUGAAGGGUUUCGACGUCGGUAAGGAUGGUGUUAAGCUAUUGUCUACUUAUAUCAAGGAAACUUUGAAUAUCGAAUGUGGUGCUCUAUCCGGUGCUAACUUGGCUCCAGAAGUCGCCAAGGAAAAUUGGUCCGAAACCACUGUUGCAUACCAAAUCCCAGAAGAUUACAAGGGUCCAGGUAAGGAUGUUGACCAUUCUUUGUUGAAAGCCUUGUUCCACAGACCUUACUUCCACGUCAACGUCAUUGAAGAUGUUGCUGGUAUUUCGGUCGCGGGUGCUUUGAAGAACGUUAUCGCCUUAGGUUGUGGUUACGUUGAAGGUUUGGGCUGGGGUAACAACGCCAGUGCUGCCAUUCAAAGAGUCGGUCUCUCUGAAAUGAUCAAAUUUGGUCGUACUUUCUUCCCAGAAUGUAAGGUCGAAACUUACUUCCAAGAAUCUGCCGGUGUUGCUGAUUUGAUCACCACUUGUGCCGGUGGUAGAAACGUAAGAGUUGCGAAACACAUGGCCAUCACUGGUAAGUCUGCUGAAGAAGCUGAAAAGGAGCUAUUGAACGGUCAAUCCGCUCAAGGUAUUAUCACAACUAAGGAAGUCCACGAAUGGUUGGCUACCUGUGGUAAGACUGCUGAGUUCCCAUUGUUCGAAGCUAUCUACCAAAUCACUUACGGUAAUGCUUCUAUGGAACAAAUCCCAGACAUGAUCGAAGACUUCGAAGGUAUCGACUACAACGUCAAGAAGCAUUAA